AUGGAUCCAACCUCAUUCAUAUCGUCUAUGAUGAGCCGCUCGCUCCCAAGCGGGGAGCGUGGGUAUGUGGCCAUGAUGUUCGAUUCAUGCAAUCUCUUUGCAAGCUGGGACCCUCGCAAUGUGAUUGAACUCGGUGACUACGGCAAGUUGAACGACGACGACCAGUUCACUAGAGAGGGGAACAUUUUUGAGGAUGGGCUCGCUCAAGCACUCGGCAUCACGUUGCGCCAGAGUGCCGAUGCAGGGGUGAUGUUCAUUAAGUCGCAUACUUUGUCUGAAAAGCAAGAUGGCAGGAGCAAGACUCCAGGAAUCCCUGAUGACUUCGAUGGCCUGAAAAAAUGUUUCAAGGUUUCCGGAAGUCGUGGCGCCCUCCUAGCAAUGGUGAAGCCUGAGAUCCAUCGUCUCUCUUCCAUCCAACAGCUGUCCUACCUCCUCUAUAAUGAGCCCACUUGGAAGGAUCGAGUGGUUGUAACCGAAUCGUACAUCUGCCCGUCGUUUGCGCGCCUCUGCGUCUCCAAGCAGGAAAGACCCUUCAAUCUUGGCCUCUAUUCAUCCGAAAGCACCGACUCUGCUUUUGCAAAGGACGACCUGGAGUGGCGGACAACUGCAAAUGUGGGGGAAGGCGAGUUCCUCCAGCAGGGCUUUACAAAGGAUUCGCAAACACGCAAUUACCCGUUGUUCAGGCUGGUGGGACGGCGUGACUUCCUUCAGUCCGGACCGUAUACAAGGCUGAAGAGACACUCAUCGUCAAGGAGGAAGUUUAGUCCUAGUCCCGAGAGGCGAAUCAGCAGUCCUCCUCCACAGCUCCCGCCAAGUAUCCUGGACUCUAUCGAAUCACCUCCCGUAACUCCUCUGCCUAACUCUAUUCAUCCAUCUCUUGAAGUGACUCAGGAGGACAUUGCUGCACAGGCAUCGAUCGCUGAUCGUGAUACUUCUUCCCCGCAGCCUGACAUAGAACGAGUGCACAGUGCUCCGAGUCCUGGUCCAUCUACAGUGGAUGAAGACGCGAAUACUCAGAACCCUCCUCUGUCCCAGAAACAUCGUUCCAAGUCCAAGCUCGGCCUAAACAUCGUAUUCGAUACCACUACUAAUCUUGUUACGAGACUGGCGGAGUCAGUCCGGUCUCGUACGUUCUCUGACGCCGCCUCGCCGCGGAGUCCCCGUCCUUGA